AUGGAUCAGCAGCAGCAGCAGCAUCAGCACCAACAGCAGCCUCAGCCUGGAGGUGUCCCCGGUCCUGCUGGCCGCCGGCUGCACAUCGCCCAUCGCAGGAGCCCGUCGGAGCUAACCCCAUUGAUGAGUAUGUUUGCGAAUCCUGGUAUGGAGCAGCUGGCCAUCCAGCAACAGAUUGAGCUGUUGCAGCAGCAGCAGCAGCAGCUUCAAGCUACCUAUCAGCAGAUGGGCAUGUUGCCGGGCCAGGCCUUCAAUCCUCUCCAGGCUGCAAUGUCCAACAUGUCGCCGCAAGCCGGCUUCCAGUUCCCGACUCCGCUUCCGCAGCAAAACGUGUCCCUGGCGGCGCCAACACAACCCCUGUCACAUCGCCGUAAUCAGUCGGCGGUCCCCAACAUGGGCAUGGGCCCACCUCCGGCACCGUCGUCUGGCGCGUCCGGUUCCGCCUUUGGCAGCUUUGACAAUUCGCAGGGACAAGGCAGGGACAAUGCUGGCGGUCGUGGUGGCCGAGGUGGCGGCGGUGCUGGCGGCGGACAUCAGAGACGUCACUCCUUGGCCCUGGCCGAUGCCAAAAAGGCCGCUGAAAUCGCCCAGCAGAAACGCACCACAUCCGGCUUCCAGUUCCCGGCCCCUGGUGCCACGAGCUCCGCCGAAAAGCAGGAGAACGAGGCCCAGGGUGCUGUCCCCACACAGCCCGCGGCGGAAAGUCAGCCGGCGCCCGUCCCGUCCUUCCGCGGCGGACGUGGCGGUCAUGGUCGGAGCCAAAGCAUGGCUGUUGGCGCGAAUGGCCGUGGAGGCCUUGGCGGCGACUUCCCCCGCCGUGGUGGCGGCGGCGGCCAUGCCCGCACUUCGUCUCGAAACUUUGACAGCAACUGGCGGACUCAAAGCCAGAACCAGGGCCAGGACCAGACGGCCGGCGCCGGUCAGAAUCAGGGAUUCCAGCCGGGCCACCGUAGUCGAAGCUCCAUCAGCCACCAGUCCAUCUCCAACCUCGGGGCCUUCCAGUACCCAGGCCAGCCUCAGCUGAUGCAGCUCCCUGGCCAAAUGAUGAUCCCCAACAUCUACGCCGGCCAGCAGCUGAACCCCAUGCAGCUCAACCAGCUUCAGGCUCUCCAGGUUGCCUCCAUGAACGGCCAGCACAUGGCCGGGCUCGGGGCAAGCCAGCACGCUCCUCAUAUGGCUGGCCAGCAACCUCAGCAGCAGCAACAGCAGCGCAAGACGCUUUUCACCCCAUACCUGCCGCAGGCCACUCUUCCUGCUCUCCUGGGCGAUGGACAGCUCGUCUCUGGCAUUCUUCGCGUCAACAAGAAGAAUCGGAGCGACGCCUACGUCUCGACCCAGGAUGGCCUGCUUGACGCUGACAUCUUCAUCUGCGGUAGCAAGGACCGCAAUCGCGCUCUCGAAGGAGAUCUGGUUGCGGUUGAACUCCUUGAUGUCGAUGAAGUGUGGUCCCAAAAGCGCGAGAAGGAAGAGAAGAAGAAGCGCAAGGACAUCACUGACACGCGUUCCGGGUCUACCGCUGGCACUAGCCAGGGCGGUGGUAACGGCGACGACAAUGGCAAUGGUGAAGGCGGAAUUCGCCGGCGCGGCAGUUUGAGGCAACGUCCCACUCAAAAGAAGAACGAUGAUGUUGAAGUUGAGGGUCAGAGCCUGCUUCUUGUUGAGGAGGAAGAAAUUAGCGAUGAGCAGAAGCCUCUGUACGCCGGGCACAUCGUCGCCGUCAUUGAGCGAGUGGCGGGACAGAUGUUCUCGGGUACCCUGGGUCUGCUUCGGCCCAGCAGCCAGGCGACAAAGGAGAAGCAGGAGGCCGAGCGGGCUGCGCGUGAUGGGAGCAUGUCACGGCACCAAGAGUCCCGCGCGCAGGAAAAGCCCAAGAUCGUGUGGUUCAAGCCGACUGAUAAGCGGGUUCCGUUGAUUGCGAUCCCCACGGAGCAGGCUCCGCGCGACUUCGUUGAGAAGCACCAGGAUUAUGCAGACCAGAUCUUCGUGGCCUGCAUCAAGCGCUGGCCCAUUACCUCUCUGCAUCCGUUUGGCACUCUGGUUGAGAAGCUUGGCAAGAUGGGCGAUCUCAAGGUCGAGACGGAUGCGCUGCUUCGUGACAACAACUUUUCGUCGGACGAGUUUGCCGAUGCCGUCCUGCGCAGUGUGGGUCUCCAGGACUGGACGAUUGCCAAAGAGGAUGAGGCUGCCAUGGCGGCCCGCCGAGACUUCCGUAAUGAGAAGGUCUUCACUCUAGACUUGAACGGCUCGGCCGAGCUCGGAAACGGCGUCCACGUCAAGUCCCUGCCCGACGGCAAGAUCGAAAUCGGCAUCCAUGUCCCGGAUGUCACGCAUUUUGUCAAGCCAAACUCGCUCCUUGACCGCGAGGCAAAGAAGCGGGGCACUGCGGUUCAGCUCGUCAACAGAUUUUGUGCCAUGCUUCCGCCGAAGGUGUCGGGGGAGGUUUGUUCGCUGACCCCCGACCAAGAUCGACUGACGGUCAGCGUUGUUUUCCACGUCAACCCGCACACUGGCGCUAUUGCCGAAGGGGAUACCUGGAUUGGCAAGGGCAUCGUCAAGAGCGGCGGCAAGCUGUCUCUCGCGCAAAUGGAUGAGGCCCUAUCCGGCGUUGCCGGAUUUAAUCAUGAUGUUGCCGAGGCGGAGGACAUCCAGAUGCUCAACGUUUUAACUCAGAAAUUCCGAGAGGCACGUCUCGGCGCUGGCGGGGAGCCCAUUGCCCCUCUCCGCCUCCUGCAGCAGUUGGACGACGAGAAUAUCCCCGUAGAGCACAACAUCUUUGACACGACGCCCGCAACGGAGCUGGUUGAGGAACUCAUGCACAAGGCCAACGCAUAUGUCGCUCAACGCUUAUCCCGUGCACUCCCCGAGAAGGCUCUCUUGCGCAGGCAGGCAGCGCCGAAUUCACGCCGCCUCCAGACUUUUGUGGAGCGCAUGACGGCGCUUGGCUACGAAAUUGAUCCUUCGAGCAGUGGCACACUCCAGAGCAGCCUCUUCCGAGUCGAGGAUGCCGAGAUCAGAAAGGGCAUGGAGGUGCUGCUGCUCAAAUCAAUGCAGCGAGCCAAGUAUUUCGUUGCCGGCAAGACGGCCAAGCAUCUCUGGCCGCACUACUCACUCAACCUGCCGCUCUACACCCACUUCACCAGCCCGACCAGGCGCUAUGCAGAUAUUCUGGUCCACCGGCAACUGGAGUCGGUGCUUUCCGAAGGCAAAAUUGAGUACAACGAGGAUUUGGAGAACCUGGUCAAGACGGUUGAGGCUUGCAACACCAAAAAGGAGUCGGCCCAGAACGCCCAGGAGCAGAGCGUUCAUAUUGAGGCCUGCCGUGCGAUGGACAAGAAGCGCCAGGAAGUCAACGGCGACUUAAUCAGCGAGGGCAUCGUUAUCUGCGUGUAUGAAUCGGCAUUCGAUGUCAUCAUCCCCGAGUGGGGCUUUGAGAAGCGAGUGCACUGCGACCAACUGCCGUUGAAGAAGGCCGAGUUCAGGAAGGAGAAGCGGAUUCUGGAGCUCUACUGGGAGAAGGGCGUGCCCAGCUCGGCUUAUGUGCCCGAAGACGAGCGCCCCAAAACUGCCAUGUCCCAGCGUUUCUCCAGUGCGCUGGCUGCGGCCCGCCAGGCUGAAGAGGCCGAGAGGGUCAAGAAGGAGCGCGAGGAGGCGACCAGGAAGCAGACGGAGACGGGCACCAUCUCGACGGACGACGUUGAUGCGCUGUUCGACGACGACGAAGAGAACGCGUCAGACAACGCGUCGGACAUCACGGAGGCUAUGGCAGGAGCGUCGCUGGCGGAGCGGCCGACGCAGAGCGUUCCUGGGUCGCCGACACGAACUUCGGCGGAUACAGCCGGCAAUCUCCACCGCACGCGGUCAGAUUCCAAGGUACCGACAGGCGACGUGCCGGAAACGCGGCUGACCAGCAAGGAGAAGUACCUGAAGCUGUUCAAGUUGAGGGAGGAGGGCGGCGAUUACAUCCAAGAUGUGACGGAGAUGACGCGGGUGCCGGUCAUUCUGAAGACGGAUCUCACCAAGAGCCCGCCGUGCUUGACCAUCCGGUCUCUGAACCCAUACGCACUUUAA